AUGAUUUAUUUGGUUUUGCUAUUUCUUCUAAAGGUAGUAGUGGGAGUAGUUGACAUACAAGAUAUAAAAGUUGCAAGAGCUUUCCUUAGUGAAAGCAUUAAUAAGAAUCGGUUUUUAGUUUUUUCCCUCAAAGAUUCUAAUUCUUAUAGGCCAUUAAGAGAUUCAUUACUGAAUAGCGAAUUUACCACUGAUUCAGUUUUUGGCCUCUAUCAAAUCCCAGAAGAAGAUAAAGAUCAGAUAAAGAAUGAGUUUUCGAUAACUAGCUUACCUCAUAUAAUUUGUACCUUAAAAGGUGAUACAAAUCAUUUCGCUUAUUUAUGAUCUAUAGAUCCUGAAGAAAUUCGAGCCACUACAAGUAGAAUGGCUAAGCCAAUAACUGAAUAUUAUACUCUGAAAGAAUUUGAGGAUGAUUUAAAAUUUGAGGGGCUUGUUUUAGGAGUAUUUUCUACUAGUGGCAAUAAAGCCAAAGAGGAAUUCAUCCGUCUUGCUGUUUCAGCUAAACAAUUUUAUCGCUUCGGAUACACUUUUAGCCAAGACAUUGCAAAACACUUUAACAUAGAAAACGGAGUCAUACUGCUUAGGCCAAGUAUUUUGGGAAAUAAUCCUUUAUCAGAUCCUUAUAAAAUAAAAAAUAUUGAUGAUAUUGAUAAACUAGCAGAUGAAAUUUAUAAGAAUUAUUUUGGAAAAGUAUUAUGGCUUACUCCAUUUACAGAAGGGCUGCUUUCAGAAAGAAAAACUUCAAUUACUUUAUUUACUGAUAUUUCUCCUUCAAAAGAAGAGAACAAUUUUAAGGAUAUAGUUCAGAUAUUAUUAAGAAUUGAUAGCGAAAAAUAUAAAAUAGCCAUCGCAAGGUAUGCUGAUUAUUCAUGAUUUUUAGCAGAAUAUGGAUAUGAUAAGAAUGUAAUUAUUAUAUAGAAUUUACCUAUAUUAGCAAUUGAUAACUCUACUCAUUUAUUUAUUUUAGAAAAGGAAAAAAUAGGAUAUCAUGGAGUACUGAGCACUGGUUUGGUUCCUAGCACCAUCAAAGAUUUCGAAAAUAAUAAAAUUUCCCCGAGCCUCAAAUCAGAAUUGCCAAAACCUAUUGACAAUGAUGGAAUAAUAAAUUAUGUAGGAACUUCACUGAUAAAAGCAAUAAAUGAACCUAAAAUUGAGUUUCUUUUGUUGGUGUUUGCAGAUGAUUGCGAAGGCUGUGAAAAAGCAAAAUUAUUUAUUAAGAAAUUGAAGGAAAACAAGAAAAUUGAAGUUAAUAUUGCCCAGAUUAAUGCAUCUAAAAAUGGCUUGCCGAAAACAAUAAGUCCAGCCCAGGUCCCUUCGUUUUAUUUUAUUAAAAACACGGAAGCUAUAGAGAUAACCUAUGAGAAAGGGCUUUCCGAAGGCUCUAUUAUUGAUUUUAUUGAAAAAAAGAAACAAGAUUUAUAA